AUACCCAGGAUUCAAACAGAACACCAAACGAUGGCGUAUCAUAUGCACCUAUGAGUAAUUCCCAAUCCUCAGCUUGCCUUAUUCAUGCCUCCAGGCUUCCUUGCACCCCGCGGACCUUAAAACACGACGUGUUGACCACGACGAUGCUCCACUGCGGUUCUCGGAUCUCAAAGCUUUGCCGGUCUCCGGUAACUCCACCGUUCAACUUUCCUCGUCGUUUGCUCAUCAAAUUUGAAUUCUCUUCCUUAUUUCAAGCUAAGGGCUUAAAUACUUAUGAUGAAGAAAGUGAUGAAUUUUUGCCUUGGUUGGAGCGAAAGGCUCGGACUAAGAUUUCUUCAAUGCUCUCGAUUGGGAAAUCUGCAUAUGGCAGGUCACUUUUUGCUUCUGAAAACAUUCGAACUGGGGAUUGCAUACUGAAAGUUCCAUAUAGUGUGGAAAUAACACCAGACAAUCUUCUUCCAAAGAUUAGAGCUAUACUAAGUGAUAAAAUUGGGACUGUUUCAAAGCUUGCUAUUAUCCUUUUAGUUGAACGGAAAAUGGGCCAGAGUUCUGGAUGGGCCCCUUACAUCUGUUGCCUUCCUCAGCAUGGGGAAAUUCAUAGCACGAUUUUCUGGAGUGAAUACGAGUUGAAUAUGAUUUGUCAAAGUUCAGUGUAUCAGGAAACAGUUAAUCAAAAGGCUAAAAUAGAAAAAGAUUUUGCUGCAGUUGUGCCUGCCCUUCAGCAAUUCCCUGAUCUUGAAAGCAUCACACUUCAGGAUUUCAUGUGUGCAUAUUUCUCAGUAACAUCUCGAGCCUGGGAAAGCACAAAGGGCCUAUCUCUGAUUCCAUUUACAGAUUUUAUGAAUCAUGACGGCGUUUCAAAAUCAAUUGUAUUAUUCGAUGAUGAUAAAAUGUUUUCAGAGGUUAUUGCUGAUCGUAACUAUGCUCCUGGUGAAGAGGUACUGAUAAAUUACGGAAAAUUUCCAAAUGCCAUGCUACUGCUAGACUUUGGUUUCACAGUUCCAUAUAAUAUUCAUGACCAGGUACAAAUCCAGUUGAGCAUCCCACAUGAUGAUAAUCUUCGUGAAAUGAAAUUGGAACUUCUGCAACAUCUUACACCAAAAAUUAAAGAUGCAGUUGGUUUUAAUUGUCCAGAAGAUACUUUCAUAAUCAAGGAAGUUAGAUCUCCUCGAGGAAAGGGGAAGGGUCUUCCACAGGCACUACGUGCAUUUGCUCGUCUUUUAUGUUGCAACUCUUCCCAAGAACUUAGUGACUUGGCCAUGGAAGCUGCACAAAUUGAUGGCCGGUUAGCUCGGCGUCCACUAAAGGAUAGCCGGAGAGAGUUCAAGGCACAUAAGAUGUUAUCAUCUCACAUCACUCAGUUAAUGCAGAAAUAUGAUACAGCCAUUAAGUCUCUUCCUGUCAAUUCCCCCUCAAUGAGUAACACUUUCACUCUUCGGAGGCAAAUGGCUCAUGAUCUCCUAACCGGUGAACUUCGUGUCCUGAAAUCUGCAUCCAUAUGGUUGAAUAAUUACUGUGCGGUUCUGAAAUCAACAAGCAACUGUCGGAGUCAAUGGAAAAACCGUAUCUGAAAAAGGCAUGAAUUCUUCUAUUUUUUUUUUCUGUGAACUACUUCAUUGGUAAUCACUAUGCUUAAAGUUUAUCCAGCUUUUUUGGGGUAUAGUGAACUGUAAACACUGGCAAUAUAUAAGCAAGCUUUUGGAGUCAUUCUUUUGCCCACGAUCCACCGUUCAAGUCAAUGAUGGAAAGCAGAAUCCGGAAGUCAAGAAAUUUUCUUUUUCUUUUAAUGAUCAGAAAACCGAAACUGAAAGUUCAGAAUUUUGCUCCUUUUGUUUUUUUUUUAAUUGCUUUGAUGGGUAAUCUUUAUGCCUAACUGUAAUUUGUAAUUUCUUGGGAGAUAUUUUUGUUUUCUAAUAAGAGGUACGGGAUGUUAAGGGGUUAAAUGCGA